AUGGGCUAUGACAAGCAUCUCGAUAGUGUGGAUAUCUAUGUAGAUGAUAUACUCUUGACAGGAAAUGACAAUGUAGAAUUGCAUGCGUUGAAAGAAUUUCUCAAUCAAGAAUUCAAAAUUAAAGAUCUUGGGGACUUACAUUUUUUUCUAGGGAUGGAAGUUAUCCGAGAAAAAGAUGGACUCAUCCUUUCUCAGCGCAAAUUCACUUUAGACCUUCUCCGUGAAUUUAAAUCCCUCCAUUUGUCAUCUGUUUCUUCUCUACUCGAUCCAUAUACUCGUUUGUCUACUCACACAGGGGAACCAGUGAAGGAUCCCACCUUGUAUCGCCAUCUACUUGGCAAACUCAACUACCUCACUAACACCCGCCUAGACUUAUCCUUCACUGUCCAGCACCUCAGCCGGUACAUGCAGGACCCACGACAGCCACACCUAGAAGCAACAUUAUGUGUGCUUCGCUAUCUGCUCAAAGAUCCCGGGCUUGGACUUUUUAUGUCUUCUUCCUCCUCAUUCAAGAUCCUAGCCUUUUGUGACUCCGAUUGGGCCACCUGCCCGGACUCAAGGAAAUCAGUGAGUGGUAUAUAUAUUUCCCUUGGUACCUUUCCGAUCUCUUGGAAAUCCAAGAAGCAAACUUCCAUCUCACUCAGUUCGGCAGAGGCAGAAUACAGAAUGCGACGCGUAGUUGCUGAGCUUACAUGGUUGGUUCGUCUCUUUGAGGAUCUCUCAAUUCCUAUUGACCUUCCAGUCACUCUUCACUUCGACAGCCAAGAAGCAUUUUACAUAGCAAAAAACCCCGUUUUUCACGAACGGACGAAUCAUGUUGAAAUCGACUGUCAUUUUGUGCGCGAACAAUACCUAGCUGGGCUGAUUUCGUUAUCAUUUGUUCGAUCUUCUGCCCAGUUGGCAGAUCUCUUCACAAAACCACUCACAGGACCUCUUCAUCGUAGUAUUUUGGGCAAGUUGGGUGUGUUUUCGACCCCCUCCAACUUGAAAGGGGGUGUUGGAGUCAAAGAAGAUGAAAGAAGAUGA